UCCUUUGGCACCGCCCAGUACCACGCCUACUGGUUAAGCUAAUCAUUGUUGAAGUCAUCUCUCUCAUUCCUGCUCCUUUCUCUAGUCUUUUUAUAAAAGCUUUUGCGCGCUCGUUUGGGGCGCUGUAAGUUUUGAAUGGCGUCUGAAGAUAGAAUAACGCCUAUAGAAGACCUCAGAGCGGGCAUGAAAAACGUUCACUGCAUUUUCAUAGUCAUUGACAGGGGUACGCAGCAAAAAACGAAAGACGGUAGCACAGUGCGGAAGUGUAGAGUGGCUGACAAGACAGGAAGUAUCAUAUUCUCAGUAUGGAAUAGGGAAGGAGAGGCAAUCAGUACUGGUGACAUUAUACGACUGACUAAAGGGUACUCGUCACUAUGGAAAGGAAACCUUGUAUUGUACUGUGGCAAAUAUGGACUAGUUGAAAGACUGGGAGACUUUACAAUGGUGUUUUCUGAGACUCCAGAUAUGAGUACUUACGUACCGCCUCAAGCAGAAGGGCUGACACAACAGUCGCCUCACUCUAUGCCAGAGAUGUCUUCUUCCUCUGCUCAGCCUCCGUCAAUUGAAAACCAUCACCAAUCUUCUAACGCCAAGCAUAGACAUUCGAUAGAAACCAUGGCAACAGUCUCCGCCCCUUCUUCGUCUUCCUCUCCCUCGACUCACUCCAAUGGUCACAUGAACUCUAAACAUGCCCAAAGACGACACCCGACACAUGACAAUCAUGUGACGUCCCACCACAACAACGCAUUGUCAGUUCAUCAUAGACAUCAUCCUUAUUCCCGGCAGAAUACCCGGGAACAUGGCUGGCAAUGAUUAUUACGCAUACACACACUUGGGUCUUAUUUAUAAAUGCAACGUUCUAAAAAUUGAGAAAUUUAAUUUUCAUGACAAAUUUUUUAAUAUUUCAACAGCUUCACAAACGAAAUA